AUGACGGCGCUGCGGGGGCUCUGGCCCGAGAUGCAGGACACCUGUAUCUCGCUGGGGCUGAUGCUGUCGAUCGUGCUGUUCAUGGGGCUGGCCCGCGUGGUCACCCGGCAGCAGCUGAACAGGCCCACUGCCCACGCCUUCGUCUUGGAGUUUCUGGCCACGUUCCAGCUCUGCUUCUGCACCCAUGAGCUGCAACUGCUGAGCGAGCAGGAACCCCUGCACCCCACCUGGCCGCUGACGCUAACCUACUUCUUCUCGUUGGUGCAUGGCCUGACUCUGGUGGGCACCUCAAGCAACCCGUGCGGCGUGAUGAUGCAGAUGAUGCUGGGGGGAAUGUCCGCUGAGACGGGUGCGAUGAGGCUGUUAGCUCAGCUGAUUGGUGCCCUGUGCAGCAGGUACUGCAUGGGCGCCCUGUGGAGCCUGGGACUGACCAAGUAUCACGUCAGCGAGAGGAGCCUCGCUUGCAGGAAUCCCAUCCAAGUGGACUUGCCCAAAGCGGUCAUCAUAGAGGCCGUCUCCUCCUUUAUCUUCCACAGCGCUUUGCUGCACUUCCAGGAGGUCCGAACCAAGCUUCGUAUCCACCUGCUGUCAGCACUCAUCACCUUUUUGGUCUAUGCAGGAGGAAGUCUAACAGGAGCUGUAUUUAAUCCAGCUUUGGCACUUUCACUACAUUUCAAGUGUUUUGAUGAAGCAUUCCUUCAAUUUUUUAUAGUAUAUUGGCUGGCUCCUUCUUUAGGUAUAUUGCUGAUGAUUUUGAUGUUCAGUUUUUUCCUUCCAUGGCUGUAUAACAACCACACAAUUAAUAAAAAGGAGUAACUAUUCUAAAAGACUCAGACUAAGUUUCAGGACAGUCAAGAUGGAUGUGAUAAAGAUUUUAUCACCUAAUAUUCACACACUGGCUGCACUGGAUUCGUCAAUGUUAUCUUCCUUUGAAGAAACUGCCUUAGAGUUUUCAUCACUGGGACUUAAAAAAAAUUACUGUGAAAAUGAGGUAUCCUGUGUUUUUCAGUUAAGACUUGUUCUUUUAA